AUGUCUCGACAAACUAGUACAAAAUCCGGUCGUCCUUUUAAUUCUCGUAUCAUUCAAAAUUUUAUUCUUAUUUGGUUACAUUCAGACAUCGACGAAAUGAAUGAUAAUGAGAUUCAUAAUUCAAUCACCGAAUUAAGACGAAUUGUUAAUACGGUCAUUACAUUUACUGAUGUUGAUGAAUGUAUUGAUUCUAUUACUAACAUCAAAGAUGAAAAAGUCCUUAUGAUUAUUUCACAUGAGUUAGAUGAAAAUAUUGUGCCAAUUGUGAAUGAUUUUACUCAAAUCAAUGCCAUUUAUAUUUUUUCAAAAAAUGCAUCACAAAAGAAAAAAUGGACACAAAAAUGGUCAAAAGUAAAAGACAUUUUUUCUUCAAUUUCGUCCAUUAGUCAUACUCUUAAACAAGAUUCACAAAAAUGUGAUCAAGAUUCGGUGUCGAUUAGUAUUGUAUCAACACAUAUCGGGAAAUUAAAUGAAAAUUUGGAUCAACUGGAUUCAACCUUUAUGUAUACACAAAUAUUGAAAGAAAUUUUAUUGGCAAUUAACUUCAAUCAACAACAUAUUGAAGACUUUACUAAUUAUUAUCGUGAAAAUUUUGUGGAUAAUGUUGUUCAGUUGAAUAAUAUCAAGCAAUUUGAAAGAGAUUAUGCUAAUCAUUCGCCUAUCUGGUGGUAUACUCCUGAGUGUUGUCUUUACUCGGUACUUAAUCGAGCUUUACGACUAAUGGAAGUUGAUACUCUGAUUAAAAUGGGUUUUUUUAUUCACGAUCUUCACCAACAAAUCGUACAACUACACUCUGAACAAUUUAGUGAAUACCAUCAAUUAGAGCAAUUUAUUAUCUAUCGGGGUCAAGGCUUACUGAAAACAGACUUAGAAAAAAUGCGGGAAACAAAAGGUGGACUGAUAUCUUUUAACAAUUUUUUAUCUACCACCAAAGAAUUAAGUAUAGCUAUUGGUUUUGCUAAUAGUUGUCUUGCUAAUCCAGCCUCAGCAGGAGUUGUCUUCAUAAUGAAAAUUGAUCCUGCAAUAAAGUCUACGCCUUUUGCUUCUAUCAACGAUGUAAGUUAUUACAAGACAGAAGAUGAAAUUCUAUUUUCGAUGCAUACAGUUUUUCGGAUUGGUGAUGCAAGAGAAAUAAACGACGACAAGCGUCUAUGGCAGGUAGACCUAAUACAGACGAACGACAACGAUCCACAACUAAAUGAACUUAGUGAACGAAUACGUCAUGAAAUUCGAGGAACCACUGAAUGGGAUCAGCUCGGAAAAUUACUAAUUAAAAUUGGUCAAUUCGAUAAAGCAAAUGAAUUAUACGAAUAUCUCGUUGAUCAAUCACAUAAUGAUCGUGAGAAAACAUAUUUCUAUCAUCAAUUAGGAUGGAGUAAAAAAAGUCAAAGAAAAUAUGAAGAAGCCGUUGCAUGUUAUGAAAAAUCGCUAGAAAUAAAACAACGAGUGAUGCCUACAAAUCAUGCUUCGUUUGCUGCUUCUUUUAAUGAAAUUGGCUCAGUAUAUGAAAAGAUGAAUAAACACACAGCAGCACUUAUGUAUUACGAAAAAGCACUCGUAAUUCAACGACAAAUACUUUCUUCAAAUGAUUUUGGCUUAGCGUCUACACUCAGUAAAAUCGGGUCUAUUUACGAAGGAAUAGGUGAAUACUCAAAAGCCCUUUCAUUUCAUGAAGAAGCACUUAAGAUUCGAAAAAAUAAAGAUCCUUCAGAUAAUCCUACCUUAGCUUAUACUUACAAUAACGUUGGUUCUGUGUAUGAAAAGAUGAGAGAGUUUCCGAAAGCACUUUCAUCUCACAACAAAGCAUUGGAAAUUCAACAAAAAAUACUUCCUUCAAAUCAUCCUGAUUUGGCUCAAACUUACAGUAGUAUUGGUUAUGUGUAUGGCAAAAUGUGUCAAUACUCAACAGCAUGUCAGUUUCAUCAAAAAGCUGUUGAUAUUGGACAACGAUCAUUACCUGCUGAUCACCCUCGUCUUCGACAGUGGUUAAGGAAUCUCGAAUAUAUAAAAAGAAAAACUUAA